CAACAACAACAAUAACUAAAGCCAGUAAACAAAAACAAAAAGUCGCAUCAUGAAGGGCUUGACGGCGUUUAAGGAGAAGGCGACAGGCGUUUUCAGCGGUCUGAAGCCGAAUAUGGAGAAGUUCGAGAUAUCGCAGAGCUAUCAUGGAGGUCACGGUGGCUACGAGGAGAUGGAGGGCGGCGAGCGCGAGGGGCGUGGACCUGGCGGCGGCCACGCCUACGACGACGACGACGAUCGACCCGACUCGCCCGCCUCCUUCGAGGAGAUCGAACGCCCACCUCUGCGCAAGAUCGACAAGUACUGCAAGGCGGAAUGCCCCUGCAUGCCGGCACGGUACACAAUCGCUACAAUGGCCUGCGUGGGCUUCAUGAUUGCCUUCGGCAUGCGCUGCAACAUGUCAGCAGCGAAGCUCAAAGGAGAGCAUAACGGGACCGUCUUUAUGAACUGGACGGUGGCAGUGGAAAGCCACGUGGACUCAUCCUUCUUCUGGGGCUAUCUAAUAACACAAAUACCCGGCGGCUUCAUUGCAUCCAAGUUUCCAGCGAACAAGAUUUUCGGUCUCUCGAUUGUCAGCUCCGCCUCGCUGCAUUUGAUUGUGCCGUUUGCCAUGACACUGAUGCACGGCCAUGUGGUGAUAGGCGUGCGUGUGCUGCAAGGACUCUUCGAGGGCGUAACAUAUCCGGCUUGUCAUGGCAUUUGGCGUUUCUGGGCGCCGCCUAUGGAGCGCUCUCGCCUAGCCACAUUGGCCUUCUCCGGCUCCUACGCGGGCGUCGUUGUGGGUCUGCCCCUGUCCGGGCUGCUGGCGGAUGCGGUGGGCUAUCAGGCGCCCUUCUAUGCGUACGGCACCUUCGGCAUCAUCUGGUAUCUGUUCUGGAUCUGGCUGUGCUUCGAGAAUCCGCGCAAACAUCCUGCGAUUAGCAUACCGGAGCUGAAGUACAUUGAGAAGUCGCUGGGCGAGUCGGCGCAUCCGACGAUGCCGUCCUUCAAGACGACCCCGUGGCGCGAGAUGAUGCGCUCGAUGCCCGUCUAUGCCAUCAUUGUGGCCAACUUCUGUCGCUCCUGGAACUUCUAUCUGCUGGUGCUCUUCCAGUCCUCCUUCCUCAAGCACAAGUUCGGCUUCAAGGUGGAGGAGGCGGGCUUUGUCGGUUCACUGCCCCACUUGAUCAUGACCACGAUUGUGCCCUUCGGCGGCAUGCUCGCGGAUCAUCUGCGCAAGAACGGCAUCCUCUCCACCACGAACGUGCGCAAGCUCUUCAACUGCGGCGGCUUCGGCAUGGAGGGUCUCUUCUUCCUCUUCGUGGCGCACUCCCAGACGGCAACUGGCGCCAUGUUUGCUUUGACCUGUGGCGUGGCGUUCAGCGGCUUUGCCAUCUCCGGCUAUAAUGUGAACCAUUUGGACAUAGCGCCUCGGUAUGCGAGUAUAUUGAUGGGCUUGUCGAAUGGCAUUGGCACCUUGGCUGGCAUAAUCGUGCCCUAUGCGCUGGAUGGCCUCAUUCAGAGGAAUCCGACUGGCUGCUGGACCACUGUGUUUACCCUGGCCGCCUGUGUUCAUUUGAUUGGCUGCACUUUCUAUGGCAUUUUUGCCUCCGGCGAGCUGCAGCCCUGGGCCGAGCCGCCGCCUGAGGAGCAAAAGGUGUGGGCACCGCCGGCGGGCGCCAUUACCCACGGCGACGAUCCCAGCCAGGCGGGUAUGAUGGGCAACUACAUGAAGGAGACGUCAUUUGGCGCACCGGAGUACACGGAGCAGAGCCAAAUGCAACAAUCGAAUGCCAUUAGCUACGGCGCCACCGGGCACGUGGCCAACAAUCCGUUUGCAUUGGCAGCGAGCGCGCCCAUUGCCGAGGAGCCCGCCCAGCCGAGCGAAGGAUACGGCUACACGGACUACACGCAAGGACCGGCGAUGCCCUCGACGAAUCCCUACGAGCAGCAGGCCUAUCAGCAGCAGCAGUAAGCGAUAACAAAUGGCAGAUCAACUGAUAUACAAUUAGCUUUUAGUUAUAGUCCGUUUAUUGUUUGUUCCUGAUGGGGUUGAUUUGUAUAUAAGAUAUAAAACCGACACACACGCAUAUAAAUAUAUAUCUGAAACUGAAAACGAUAAUGAACUUCAGGCCGAGUCUAACGAAUUUCGAUAUAGAA